ACGUUCACCUCAACCCAGAUAAAAUAGACCCGAGAGCAGCAAGUUUGAAAUUUCUAGUGAAACCUUAACCUUUCAUUUAUAUUGCAGAAGGACCUGACUAUUUGCUGUUACGUAUAUCUCAACCCAGAUAAAAGUAAUAGACCCGAGAGCAGCAAGUUUGAAAGUUUUCUAGUGAAACCUUAACCUUUCAUUUAUAUUGCAGAAGGACCUGACUAUUUGCUGUCACGUAUACCUCAACCAAGAUAAAAUAGACCCGAGAGCAGCAAGUUUGGAAGUUCUUGUAAAAUGUUUUAACAUUUCAUUUCAUUCAUGUUCCACACAAGUACAGGGCUGUCACGUAAACCCAGAUAAAAUAUACAUCAGAAUGUAGCAAGUGUGAGAAGUCUAGUGAAACGUUAACCUUUUAUUCACGUUUCAGAAGAAUCUGUUGGCAGCCACGUACACCUCAACCCAGAUAAAACCGAUACAUUCAGCAGCAGCAAAUGAAGAAGGUCUUUGUUUCCCAGAUUGUACUGUCCAAGAAGAAAGAAAAACAGCUUCGUCAUCAAAUCAAACAAAUCACAAAUCUACAGAAUGAACUUCUCAUUUGAAUCAACAAUAGAGCUGACCACCCCUUGGUACAUUCCCUUUAUCAUAGAGGGAUGUGGGAUAGCCUUUCUGAACAUCCUGAUAAUCGCUACAUUUGCGGUCAAUGCCCAUUUACGCAAGCGCAGUGUCUAUCUUCUGCUGAGUGUCAGCGUCGCAGACAUGAUUGUCGGCGUUACCUUAGUAACCUACGGCCUGUCAAUCUUCUAUGAGGGGAUAAGAAACGACGUUCCUUUAACUUGGGGCUUCCCUGUUGUUGCAUGUUUCGACAUGACAAGCGCUAUAGCCUCGCUUGCUGGCCUCGUACUGGUUUCGCUUGAGCGGAUGGUGGCGGUUGUUUUUCCUUUACGUCACCGUAGAUUUGGCAACCGGCCUUACGUCGUAUCAAUCGGCCUUGAGUGGAUCUCAAGCAUGAUUUUUACACCUCUACUCAUACUCAACACAGAGGCAUUCUUCCUCUUCGCAGCGAUCGGUGCACCUAGUGGCUUACUAAUAAUGUGUGCAGCGUACUUAGCGAUUUACAUUAAAGUAAUGAAGGCAAAAAGACAGGCCUUGAACAUAUCUGCGGGCCAGCUAUGUGAGCAAAGACUGGCAAAGACAUUAUUUAUAGCGAGUGCCCUAUCCGUUCUGACAUGGGUACCUGACAAUUUGGAAGAUCUAGUCAUUAGCCAUAAUUCUGAGUACAACAUGUGUAGUACUUUACUUAGAUGCGCAAACUCGCUAGUAAACCCUUUGGUGUACAUAUUCCGCAUACGGGAAUUUAGAAGGGCAUUGCACACGAUGGUAUGCAGAUGUGCACGUGACCAGCAUCAGCCAAUAAGACGCCUUUGGGCGGAAACGGCAGGAAGCAGUCAAUGUCAGUCGAGAGUUUGAAUCACGAUGGUAUGCAGAUGUGUACGUGACCAGUAUCAGCGCAUAAGACGUCGUGGGGCGGAAACGGCAGGGAACAGUCAAUGUCAGUCAAUAGUUUAAAUCACGUGAUGGUAUGUAGAUGUGCACGUGCCCAGCAUCAGCCAGUAAGACACCGU